GUCCAGAACGUAGAAAAAUAGGAGAAUAUUUUUUGUCAUUUAUUGGAAUGGUAUAAAAGAGCGGUGGCACAUGGUCAGGUGUAUUUCCAACAGCUUUCACCGUUACAACAGUUUUAGACUUUCGAGUCAACGAAUUUCUAUUAGCAAGAUGCUUAAGAUUGCUUUGAUCGCAACUUUGAUGGCUGUUGCCAUGGCCCAGUAUGGUCACCAAGGUUAUGGUGGUGGCUACGGAGGUGGAUAUGGAGGUGGCCAGGGUGGCUAUGGUGGUGAACAAGGAGGCUAUGGACAUCAAGAUGACUAUGCCCAACCCAUCCCUUACCACUACGGAUACGACAUUGUUGGAGGCGACCACCACAGCGGAGACUUCAAGCAGACUCGUCAAGAGAAAGGAGACGGACAUGGCAAUGUCCAAGGAAGUUACGGUUACACUGAUGCUCACGGCAAUUACAGACAGGUUGACUAUGUAGCUGAUCAUCAUGGUUUCCGUGCUUCAGUUAAGACAAACGAGCCCGGAACUGAAAGCCAGAGCCCUGCUGAUGUUGAGCUCCAUGCUCAACCCCCUCAACAUCAUGGUUAUGGUGGAGGUGCCGGUUAUGGAGGUGGUGCCGCUUAUGGAGCUCCCUCUUACGGCCACUACUAGAUGUUUAAUUUAGAAAUUGUAUAUUUAUUAAUUGUCUUAGGUUCUUUCACAUUGCUCAAGGACAUUGGUACAACUCUUUCUAGCAAUACAACCUUGGUCCUACGUGUUUCUAACAAUGCUAAAGGAUAUAGGUCUUCAUUCUUGGAAUGUUCGUUAUGCCAAAUAAUGCAGAGAGGACAGCACAGAUGCAGCAGCACCUCCUUUCUGAAUUACUAACGGCUGCUCUGGCUCCUCUCUCAGUGUGUUAUUUAUGCAUUUGUGUUAUGUACAGUCUGACGCACAAAAUAAAAUGCUGAUUUGUAUAGAUACA